CCCCGUCCGCGGUCCUGGCCCCACGGACCCGAUCCCAAGAUGGCGGCGCCCAGCGGAAGGAGGGACGGCGGCGACAGUGCGAGCUUGUGGGCUGCACUGCUCCUGGCGGUCGUGGCGCUGAGGCCAGCAAAGGCGGUAUCCGAGCCCACGACGGUGGCGUUUGACGUGCGGCCGGGAGGCGUCGUGCACACUUUCUCCCAGAACGUGGGCCCUGGGGACAAAUAUACUUGUGUAUUCACCUAUGCUUCUCAAGGAGGGACCAAUGAGAAGUGGCAGAUGAGUCUGGGGACCAGCGAAGACAACCAGCACUUCACCUGCACCAUCUGGAGGCCCCAGGGCAAGUCCUACCUGUACUUCACACAGUUCAAGGCAGAGGUGAGGGGUGCCGAGAUCGAGUAUGGCAUGGCCUACUCUAAAGCUGCGUUUGAAAGAGAGAGCGACGUUCCCUUGAAAAACGAGGAAUUUGAAGUGACCAAAACAGCAGUGUCCCACAGGCCCGGGUUGUUCAAGGCCGAGCUGUCCAAGCUGGUGAUUGUGGCCAAGGCGUCACGCAGUGAGCUGUGACCAGCAGCCCCACUGAGGGCGGCUUUCUCUCAUGUCUGCUAUAGGGGCUGUGCCCUGUGAGAUCUGGCGCAUUAUUGGUUUUCUAGGGGAACUGUUGGUUUUCUGCUUUGGCUGAUGUUGCCUUCCUCUGGGGGUUCACAGGAUGGCUGAGGCCCUAAGACAAAGUCCAGGGGGCCAGGAGGUUGAGGGUGUGCUGGGUCCCUCCCCCAGCUCCCCAUCUUCCGCAGCCCCAUUCCCCCUUUGCUCUUCUGAACACGGAGAGUGGGUCUGAGUCCCUGCUCCUCUUACCAGGAGAGGCAUCAUCACCAGGUGGGGGUCGCAGCUUUCUGAAACCAGCAUGUUUCCCCUGGGAUCAGGCCAGACUCCAGGCGCUCUGGGAAGAGUAGUCCUGCCGUCCUCUGACCUCAAGCUGACUUUUCUUACAAUUUCCCCAGGAAACCACCUUCAGGGCUAACUGGGAAGAAAUGAAAUGUCCUUUUGUAUUUAAAUAAAUGAGUCAAAAAGG